AUGCCAGUCGAUAAUUACGGUGUCUGGAAAGGCCACCCAGUCGACUACAUACUCACCGAUCGGCAGGACUAUCUCAACUCGCCACAAUUCUCGCUAGUUUUCCAUGACCGGGGGCUUAAAGGGGCAAAGCGCAACGACAUCUCUGUCAAUGGAAACAACGGUACCGCAGGACUGUUCCGGGCGGCGAUAAACAUCACAUCCGGCGACUUGCACGACUCUAGGUUGGUCUACUGGGUAAAUCACCGACUGGAUCAGAACCCGAUAGUCGAUGAGCUAUCCCGUCUCAAAUUCGGCUUCACUGCACAAGAUAGCAAUGACCCGCAGGGACUCGGCUUGGACUACAUCCGACACAGCCUGUUCAACAGCACUAAUGGCAGGCUUCUACCGCACGACAUCCCGGGCCAAUUUGGUGAUAUCAUUGACGUCAUGGUACCGAGUAUCAAGCAAGCAGUCGAAGAGGAUGCAGAAGUCUACAUCUUCGGCUCACGGUCUGAAACCGGGACCGAGAUUCACAACAUCCACAUGAACCAGGGCAACGCAUGCAAAUUUCGCGCGGACGACGGUGUAUUCAAGGACGGGGGCCUGAUAUUCCAUUUCCGAAGCUCCGGCGAAUGGCUCGGUAUAUUCCUCGCGUUUGCAUCGCAGGCCGUGCACACGAAUGAUCAAUCGGGUCAUGCAAUUUCCGGCGUUGGUUGGAGCGAUAUCCUCCGACCAGAUAUCAUCGAGGAUGCAGUGGUGAUCCAGGAAGCGUACGUCAACCCGGCAGGUCCGGAUGGGAGACGGAAAUCAGUCACGUUGUCCAACCGGACGAACCGCGCGGUCCGACUGGAGUCAUGGACUAUCCGCAAUGCGGCUGGGGAUAUACAGGAACUUCCCAAGGGUGCGGCGCUAAGGCCGAGAAUUGACCGGCCGUUUGAGCUGGAGGAUUGGGCGCUCUCAGAUCGGGGAGAUACCAUCUUACUGCUGAAUGAGCAGGGGUUGCGGGUAGAUGGAGUCAGCUAUAACUUGCGACAAGGAACAAUGAAAGGGGGAUCAAUUGCCUUUACACGCUAG